UCUUUGUACCACAGAUUUAUUGUGUUCAAGUUUGUGGGAGCCUCUUUCCUAAAAAAGAGUUACAUCUAAUUUAGUUUAUCUUCGAUUUACCUCUCCUUAGAUUCUGUUACAGGUUAUUAUAAAGUAUUUUUGGUUGAGAUUGUUGGAUAAUGUUAUGUAAUGAUCAUAACGUUGGAUCAUAAUGUUGGAGUUGAACAGUGAACUUUCGAGGUUAAUUUUGGCGCUUGGUCGUAGGGCUAGCUAGAACCUGGAAGAAUGGCGUUUAAACCACCAUCAGCAUUGGCGAUAACGGACAAUGUUGCAAAUGAUUGGGUAAAUUUCAAAGACAGAUUCUCGUUAUUUCUAACAGCGACCGAAACAGAAAAUAAAUUGGACCAGAUUAAAGUGGCUCAGUUUCUCAAUGUAAUAGGAGAGGAGGCAUAUGACAUCUUCAAGAACUUCAAGUUGGGACCGUUGGACUCUAUUAAAUAUUCGGCAGUAAUCAAAGCGAUUGAUGACUAUUUUUUACCUAAAAGAAACAUUGUGUACCAGCGAUUUUUAUUCUUCAAACGUUCACAGAAACCGGGUGAAACAUUCUCGAACUUUUUGACGGAUUUGAAGAAAUUGGCGCACACUUGUGAAUUCGGCGACCAAGAAGAAAGCCUUAUUCGUGAUCGGUUAGUGCUGUCCCUGUCCUCAAAUGAUGAAUUGCUACAAGAACGCUUGCUUCGAAUACCAGAUAUAAAGUUCGAAGAUGCUGUAAAACAUUGCACAUUGUGGGAAACAAGCAGUCUACAGUUCAAGGAAGUUAUAGGACACAAACAAGGAGUGUAGAAGUGUCGCUAAACCCAGAAAUGGACUUCAACGAACCAUCAGAACUCCAGAAAAUAUCGAAAGAUUGGUGAGGCAGUCAGUUGUGCGUUCUCCCAGGCGUUCGCUCGCUAACACGCAGCUGCUAUGGCAUUUUUGACUCCACUGUUCGACGAAUUUUCCAUGAAGGCCUUACAACUUCAUCCCCAUAAUUUGGCUGUUGUUCAAGAAUUUACUGAACGCGAUUUUGUUGCCCGUCAAAAUGCAUGUGUUAUACUGAUUGACUACCUGCCUAAAGACGCGGUCAUUUAUUUCAGUGACAAGGCUCAUUUCCACAUGCGAUUCGUCAAUGCGAUUUUUUUAUGGGGAUUUUUGAAAUCUCUGGCUUAUGUCGAUCGACC